CAACGUAUCAAAGACAUUGUUUCUUUCCUAGUUCCAGCUUAUCAAAAAGAUUGGGAUUCAUGAGAAGCAGUGACAUCAUUCCAUAGCCAAAAGCAACACAAAUUUACAUAGAAGCAGACUAGAUUUACCGUGGAUAAUCCUCGAUUCAUAUAAUCAAGAGCUACUGAAGUGUACUUACUUCCUAUUUUUAUCUGUAUUUUUAGUAAAACCAUUUUGGUAAGUUUUUAGUUCCUGUUUCCAUCUCAGUUUAGCCACUGACUUCAACAGCACAGCACAUUUUAUUCAACAACCACCUAAAUCUAUCAUGAUCCCCUAAUCUCCAUAUUGUCUUAUUUCUGGAAAGUUUUGAAAUUAGUCAUUACCAUAAUCCCUCUGCUUAGCUACAGAAUAUUCUGCAAUACUCAUUACCAAGGAGUGGCUUUGUGGGUUUUUUUUUUUUUUUUUAGAAACAAAAACUAAAUUCCUAACCCAUGAGAAAUCAAGUUUCAGUGAUUUUAAAUGAAUUAUGUGAAAUAAAGAGGGCAAGGGUUUAUAUCUCCUCCAGAAUCUUAGAGUCAUUCUGAUAGUUGGGAUAAUUUUCUGCGUGUUCUGUUUUUGAAGGGAGCAAACUUUUCUAUUUAUUUUUCCUCAGCAAGUAUAAAUUGCAUACUUUCGGGUUGAAUUAGGAAAUUCUUUUCAGAAAAUAGCUAUUGUUUUACAUAACCCAGAUUGAAUACAGUUAUUAGUUUAACAUAAAUUCAGGAUUUCCCAAGUUCUCAUCCACAAAGUGAGCAUAGACAUUUUGAGGGUUGUAUUUGAGACCCCAGCAACCUCAGAAUGGAUGGGGAACGACGACAUCAUGUUGUGGAUAUUGAGCAAACCUCAACGGAGCUGUUGCCCAGAAAUCCAUACUGUUUGAAUGAAGGAAGACAGUGUGGUUGUACAUUGCCCAAUGUGACCCUCCAGCCACAGUGGGUUACAGCAAAACCAUGGUCACUCUGGAAAACAUUUCUGGUGUGUCUCUUGGCCUGUCUAAUUGCCACAACCCUUGUUAUUCUGGUCUUAUAUUUUGUCCACUUUGGCAAGCACACCAACAGUACCACUAUCAUCAUUCACGCAGAUGGAAAGUCGAAUCAUGUCACCUGCAUCCCUGAUUCUACCCCAUCUCCUACCUCAUCAACCCUGCCUGGAUCUUCUACCCCUGCGGCCACCCAAAGCUCCUCUGCCAAGGUGUCUCCAUCCUCCAUGGAGACAACUGAAAUAACAACACUGGACCAUGAAGUUAUCAUUGAAGAGAACUUUUGAGCCCUUAGCUCUCCUCAAGCCAGACCAACACCCUUACCCCAAAGGAGGCAUGUUCAGGUGUUCUCUCUUCCUGCCAAUGGGUUGCAAAGCAUUUGGCUUCAUGAGAGCUUGCUCCUCCCCCUCCACUCAUUUGCUAUAUUCCCAUAUGGUAAUGACUCAGUCUUGGGCCCUCCAGUGUUCAAAUGAUUGGAAAACAUUUUUUUUUUUUUUUUUUAAACUGAGGCUGAUUGAUUCAUUCAGGCUGGGGCCCAGUGUUUUCUUUCCAUCCCUCCCAUACAACCAACUUUAUUCUCCACAAAUAGUGGUUUCAACUGCUGAAGAGGCUGCCAGGAGGAUGCUGCUCUACUUAGAUCUCUGCCUGUUGGUUCUGAAGCCAAUAUUUACUACCUAGCUAUUGAUUAUUUUCUAAUCUCAUAACUUCCCUAUUUUCCGCAUUUAUAUUCCAGUAGGGAGAAGGAAAUGUUCAACUAAAGUGGUUAAUGAGUCGGGGGCCUGGGUGGCUCAGUUGGGUAAGUGUCCAACUCUUGGUUCAACUCACGUCAUGAGCUCACAGUUCAUGGGUUCGAGCCCCACAUCAAGCUCUGUCUGACAGCACAGAGCCUGCUUAGGUUUCUCUCUCUCCCUCUCCCUGCCCUUUCCCUGCUCACUCUCUUUCUCUUUCAAAACAAAUAAAUAAACUUAAAAAACUAAAGUGGUUAAUGAGCAAGAGUUUUUAAAUACCUAUUGGUCACUACAGAGGCAUUUCUCUUGGGGAAUUCAGAAAAGAAGUCAGUGAAGUUAGGAAUAAUCAAGGAAGAUUUUGGAGAAGGACUAAAAGUUGAAAAAGGAUGAAAAUUUGGACUUACAUAGAGAUCAUUAAAUAGAAAAUGAGAGGGUUAAGGGGGUUUAAUGGAUUUAAAAUCAAAAGCACACUUAGGAACACUUCAAAUGUAACAAGUGAUGUAUUUUAUAUUUCUGAAGUUUCACUGAUAUUGUCAAUAUUAUUUUCCAUACUUGAUAUUUUGCUUAGUCUCCGAACUACUAUAAACUAUUACUUACAAAAUUUGUAUUUUGUACUACAAGUUUGAGGGCACAUUGCUUGUAAUUUGCUAUGAAACACAAGACUUAUUCAAUAUAAAUAAUUAUAUUCUGAGUGUUUAAUACUCACUGAAAGCAUACAUGUUUCAUUCUGGGAAAGACUUUAGAGUUAAAUUAACCUGCCCAUUCCACCCCCAACCUCCAAACUCUACAAAAAUGGAACAGUGUUCCAGACAAGGGGGCUCCUACCCAAAGACUCAGCCCUAUAGCCUAUACCCAAGCCACUAAAGCCUUGGUAUCCAGCUUCCAACUUCUGCUUGUCUUUUGUGCACCAUUAAAAGUUCUAAAAGCAUUGUUUUGUUUUCCUAAAGCAAAAGACUUUGUGUUCUCUAUCAUUCUAGGUUGAGUUGCCGCAGGCAACAAUAAGUCAUGUAAAUUAGCAUGACUUUGAGGCCUUACUGAGUAAUUAGACUCCACAAAAGAAAGAUCAGAAAUACAGUCAUUCCUUACAAAAUUGUUAUAUAUGGACAACUAGUAUUAUUUUUCAGACACCAAGAAAUGUAAAAAUUUGAGUCUUUAUUUAUUUAUUUAUUUUUUUAAUGUUUACUAACUUUUGAGAGAGAGACAGAGAAGGAGACACAGCAUCUGAAGCAGGCUCCAGAGCUGUCA